UCUAGGAAUCACGGUGAGGGGUGAUAGUAGGGUCACAGCUGUGUUUACAGCUAUCUGGGAAUCACCAUGCUUUUGUCUGCUCAGGUUACAGGCUCUCUCCUUGAGGAGACAACCCGGAAGUGGGCUCAGUACAAAGAGAAGUGUCUGAGGGACUUACUCAAGGAAGCUUCUGGCGUAUUUUGUAACGGGACAUUUGAUAAGUAUGUUUGCUGGCCUCAUUCGUCUCCAGGAAAUGUCUCCGUGCCCUGCCCUUCAUAUUUACCUUGGUGGAGUGAAGAGAGCUCAGGAAGGGCCUACAGACGCUGCUUGGCUCGGGGGACUUGGCAGACGCGGGAGAACACCACGGUUAUUUGGCAGGAUGACUCGGAAUGCGCUGAGAACCACAGCUUCAGGAAGAACGUGGAACAUCGGGCCUUGCUGUCAACUUUGCAGCUGAUGUACACCGUGGGAUACUCCCUCUCCCUUGUCUCCCUCUUCCUGGCUCUGGCCCUCCUCCUGUUUCUUCGGAAACUCCAUUGCACACGCAACUACAUCCACAUGAAUUUGUUUGCUUCUUUCAUCCUGAGAGCCCUGGCUGUGCUGGUGAAGGACGUGGUCGUCUACAACUCUUACAACCAGAAGCCCGACGAUGUGAAUGGGUGGAUGUCCUACAUGUCGGAGGUGUCUGCCUCCUGUCGCUCGGCCCAGGUUCUCCUGCACUACUUCGUGGGUGCCAAUUACUCAUGGCUGCUGGUCGAAGGCCUUUACCUCCACACACUGCUGGGACCCACGAUGCUUUCCGAAAGGCGGUUGUGGCCCAGAUACCUGUUGGUGGGUUGGGGCUUCCCUGUGCUAUCUGUUGUCCCUUGGGGUAUUGUCCGCGCCCAGCUGGAGAACACAGGGUGCUGGGGAACCAAUGGGAACAAGAAAAUCUGGUGGAUCAUCCGAGGACCCGUGCUGCUUUGUGUAACAGUCAAUUUCUUCAUCUUCCUGAAAAUUCUCAAGCUUCUCGUUUCUAAGCUCAAAGCCCAUCAAAUGUGUUUCAGAGAUUAUAAGUACAGAUUGGCAAAAUCAACGCUGGUCCUCAUUCCUUUAUUGGGUGUGCAUGAGAUCCUCUUCUCUUUCAUCACUGAUGAGCAAGUUCAAGGAUUUUCAAAACUGAUACGACUCUUCAUUCAGUUGGCACUGAGCUCCUUCCAUGGAUUACUCGUGGCCUUCCAGUACUGCUUUGCCAACGGAGAGGUGAAGGCCGAGCUGAGGAAACACUGGGUCCGCUUCCUGCUUGCCCAUCACUCGGGCUGCAGAGCCUGGUUCCUGGGGAAGAAUUUCAGGUUCCUGGGAAAAUGUCCCAAGAAGCUCUCGGAGGAAGACAGCGCGGGGACCCUGCAGAAGCUGCAGCUCUCACCUGGUAGCGGCGGGCAGCUCCUGCACCUGACCAUGCGGGGCCUGGGGGAGCUGGGCACCCCGCCCCACCGAGGCCACACUGCCUGGCCCCGGGGCAGCAGCCUGUCUGAGAGCAGUGAAGGAGACUUCACCCUGGCCAACACCCUGGAGGAGAUUCUGGAGGAGAGUGAGAUCUAG